GCGGCCGCCGCGGCGGGCGGAUGGGCAGAGCCCGGCGGGUUGGUGUUCUGGCGGAGGUUGGCUGUCCGCUGCAGGCUGCGAGACCGCCGCCCCCCGUCCGCAGGAGACCGCUGCGCCCGGUCGGGAGUCCUCUCCCAGAGCCAGACAGGCUGCGAGCAAGGCGGUGUGGGGGGAAACACCUCCGCGCCCAGUCGGAGGCAUCGCUCAGCCGCUGCGGAGCUGCAGGACAAGCAGUUCAUGAUGUCAAUCAAAAAGGAAAGUGCCCACAAGAAAUGGGCUGCCCUGAAGGAGAAACUCGGGCCCCAGGAUACCGACCAGUCAGAGGCCAACCUGGAAAAUGCAGAGCCAGAGCUGUGCAUCCGCCUCCUGCAAAUGCCAUCAGUGGUGAACUACUCUGGGCUGAAGAAGCGUCUGGAGAGCAGUGAUGAUGCUUGGAUGGUCCAGUUCUUGGAGCUGUGUGGAUUGGACCUCCUCCUGGAGGCUCUGGACAGGCUGUCUGGCAGAGGGGUGGCCAGGAUUUCCGAUGCCUUGCUACAGCUCACUUGCAUUAACUGUGUGAGAGCAGUCAUGAACUCCCACAGAGGCAUUGAAUACAUUGUGAGCAAUGAAGGCUACGUCAGAAAACUCUUCCAAGCACUUGACACAACUAAUGUCAUGGUGAAAAAGCAAGUAUUUGAACUCCUAGCUGCGUUGUGCAUUUACUCAUCAGAUGGCCAUGGUUUGGCUUUGGAUGCCCUGGAUCAUUACAAGAAUGUGAAGAACCAGCAGUAUCGAUUCAGUGUCAUAAUGAAUGAGCUGUCGAACACAGAUAAUGUGCCAUACAUGGUGACACUGCUGAGCGCUAUCAAUGCCAUCAUACUUGGGAAAGAAGACCUAAGAACAAGAACACAGAUCCGAAAUGAGUUCAUAGGUCUUCAGUUGUUGGAUAUUUUAGACAAGCUAAGAGACAUAGAGGAGGAGGAUCUGCUUAUCCAGUGUGAUACAUUUGAAGAGUUCAAGAUAGAAGAUGAUGAGGAAUUACUGAAGAUAUGUGAUGGGAUAAACAUGAAUGAUCACCAUGAAGUCUUUUCAUCUCUCUUCAAUAAAGUGAGCCGCUCCCCAGUCUCCAUCCAGCUGCUGUCCAUCCUGCAGAGCUUGCUCCACUUGGAACCGUCUCACCACUCCAGCCUGCUGCUGUGGGAGUCACUGGAUGCAGUAGUGAACAGAGCCCUUUUGCUCGCCAAUGACAUCCAAGGAAACACUGUUGAAGAAGUAAUUGAGAGGCUGUUAUCUAUCAAGAAGCAUCCAAACAAGCAAAAAAGAGCUGAAAAACAUCUUUCUGGAAAUGCAAAUGGAGGCAUCCAGACUGAACUAGAACCAUGCACAAGUGCAGUUCAGAGCCUGGUGGGAUCACCAAACCCCUGCAUGACACCAGAAGCUUCCUCAGGACCAAAAGCCUGUGAAGAGAAGACCUCGUCCUCACCGCUCUCAGCCUGCUUCACCUCACCACAGACCUCUAACCCUUCACCCAACGCUGUUCCUGCCCCUCCACCACCACCGCCUCCACCCCCACCACCUCCACCCCUGCCAUCUAGCCCAGCAUCCAUGCCCCCCACAGCCUCCAUGAAUUCACCACCAGCCCCACCACUCCCUGGCAUCCCUCCUCCACCUCCAUUGCCUGGCACGGGGGUCAUCCCUCCUUCACCUUCAUUGCCUUGCAUAGGGGGUAUCCCACCUCCACCCCCAUUGCCUGGCACGAGGGUCAUCCCACCUCCACCUCCAUUGCCUGGCACAACGGUCAUCCCUCCUCCACCCCCAUUGCCUGGCAUGGGGGGUAUCCCACCUCCACCCCCAUUGCCUGGCAUAGGGGGAAUCCCACCUCCACCCCCAUUGCCUGGCAUGGGGGGAAUCCCACCUCCACCUCCAUUGCCUGGCAUGGGGGGAAUCCCACCUCCACCUCCAUUGCCUGGCAUGGGGGGCAUUCCACCACCACCCCCAUUGUCUGGUACAGGGGGCAUCCCGCCCCCUCCACCACCAUUGCCUGGUAUGGCAGGAGAUCACAUAGAAGCUGUUGUAGCCUCCCAGAUCAGCUGCCCGCUCGGCUCCAUCAGGCCUCCAUACAAGGCAGUGAAGACACCAACGCUGAGAAUGAAGAAGCUAAACUGGCAGAAGCUGCCCUCCAAUGUGGUGAGAGAAAGUCAUUCGAUGUGGGCUUCAGUGAGCAGCAGCAGCGAGGAAACCAUAGAGCCCAACUACACAAGCAUUGAGCAGCUGUUUUGCUUUCCACAACCAACCCCUAAGGAGAAAACAGCCGCACCAGUGAAGGCAGAGCCGAAGGAGAUCACAUUUUUGGACUCCAAGAAAAGUCUCAAUUUGAACAUAUUUUUGAAGCAGUUUAAAUGCUCCAAUGAAGAGGUGGCUGCCAUGGUCCAGAAUGGAGAUCGGACCAAGUUCGACGUUGAGGUUCUAAAGCAGCUGUUGAAGCUGCUGCCUGAAAAACAUGAGAUAGAAAACCUGAAGGCCUUCAAAGAAGAGAAGUCGAAGCUAGCAAACGCAGAUCAGUUUUAUCUUCUCCUCCUUCAAAUUCCCAGCUAUCAGCUACGGAUUGAAUGUAUGCUGAUCUGUGAAGAGACUACUGUUGUUCUGGAUAUGAUUCAACCAAAAGCUGAAGCCAUCCGGAAAGCCUGCGAAGAUCUUCUGACCAGUCACCGUCUGCCUCUCUUUUGUAAACUGAUUCUCAAAGUUGGAAACUUUCUGAACUACGGAAGUCACACAGGCGAUGCUGAUGGGUUUAAAAUCAGCACUUUACUCAAACUAACAGAAACCAAAGCAAACCAAACCCGCAUUACGCUGCUCCACCAUAUCCUGGAGGAAGUAGAAAACAGCCACACAGACCUACUGGAACUGCCGGAGGACCUUGAAUAUGUUUCAAAAGCAGCAGGAAUUAAUCUUGAUAUUAUACGCUCAGAAUCCAGUGCCAAUUUAAAAAAGCUCUUGGAGCUCCAGCGAAAGGUCUCAUCAGCAAAUGACGAUGUGAAACAGCAGUAUGAGAAACCUAUCCAGGAUAGCAUUGAUGCUUCCAGAAAACUGGAAGAAGAUUUUGAAACCAUUGACAGGAAGAGAGAAGAACUUGCAAACUAUCUCUGUGAGGACCCAAGCAAGUUGUCCUUAGAGGAUGUAUUUAGCACCAUGAAGACUUUCAGAGAUCUCUUCAUCCGAUCCCUAAAGGAAAACAAAGACAGAAAGGAACAAGCUGCAAAAGCAGAGAAGAGGAAGAAACAGCUGGAAGAAGAAGAGGGGAAGAGACAGAAGGGAGAAAAUGGAAAAGUCAUUAAGAAGGGGUUGGUGAAGCAGGAGGAUGUUUGCGUCAUUGAUGCACUGCUGGCUGACAUAAGGAAAGGGUUCACACUGAGAAAGACGAAGAACAGACACGAGUCAGACGCACCUCCUAAAGCCUUGCCUGCGGAGAUCCCUGAGGAGAGCCGGUCUGGAAAGAGCAUUGAGGAUCCGCAAGCAGGAGGUCAGCAGAUGGAUGAUAAAGCCAAGCAAAACAACGGUCAUCCCUCAGAAAGCACUCUGUCCUUGGCCGCUGCCCUACCAGAGAUGGGUAGAGAUGUUGGAGAUGUCUCAGCUCCAAACCAGGCAUUACCUGAAAAUAAUACUGAAGGAAAUUUGCCACCAGGGUCUAGGACAGAAGGCUCUUUGGUAAACUUAGUGGAAGCUGAUGGAGAUGGGCAGGGUGCGGGGAUGGCAAGCCUCCAGCCAGGCCUGAGUAGUGGUGCCAUUUCCUUCUCUGCUGAUAACAUAGGUGCCAAUAUAACAUUUGUCAGCAGCAGCUCUGGUGCUGCUCUAAGAGAACAGCUCAAUGGGUCCAUCUCUGAAGAGCAAGACAACAAAUGCAGCUUGGAGAGCUGCAGGCCAGCUCAGGACAUCCCGCUAAGCCAGAAUGGAGGCAAUCCCAGCACUCCAUCCACUCCCUGUGAUGGUGCACAUCAGGCAGAGUUGAAAGAGAUGGCAAAGGAAAAUGAAGACCCUGGUACAGACUCGCUGUUGGACACUUCCCAAGAGAAAUCCUUUUCGGAGGAGCCAGCCACCGACUCUUCUUGUUCAGCAACACUGCCUCCAGGGGAAACACACACUGACAGGGAAAAGCAGAGGACAUCUGGGAAACGGAGAAAGAAGAAGAGGCACAGCAAAAGCUACUCAGCAGAGGUUGAGACUGAUUCUGGAGAUUAUAAAACAAAAAAAGGUUGUGUGGUACAAUGAGGUAUGUAAACUUGCAAAGACAUUUGUAUGUGAACUAACCCCAGUUCCUUCGGGACUUUACAGACCUAAUCAAUAUUUAGCAUAUCAGCUAAGCUUUUUGUCUUUGUGUCUAAUCACAAAUACAUCUAAAACAAAUUUGCUACUCUGAUUUUCACUGACUAGGGUGUUGAUCUUGUGCUGAGUGGAGUCAGUGCUGAUCUCCCCACAACACUGGGUCACAUCCCACAUGUCCGUCCUCUGUGUCAGCAGCAGCCAAUCUCAUUUCCCUGCAGAUAAUUAAAAGACAGUAUUCUAACCACGUGAAUCCAGCUUCAUGUGAUAAACAAAGUCCUUGCUUUGAUCCCAUUAUUUUUCUCAAAAAUUGUAAAAAUGCAAUUUCAGUACCUACCUCCUGCAAAUAAUGAUGUUUGGUUUGCUUGUGGGUAGCCACUUACUAUAGCACCAUAUACAUACAGACAUCUGGAUAAGGAAAUAAAACACUGGGCCCAGGGAUAAAUACAUGCUGGGAUGAGAUACCAGCUCCAACUCAAAGCCAAGUUCAAUUUCUCAAGAUACUGCACACAAGGUAGUGCAUUGGAGCAAACAGACCGUGCACACUUCUUUGCACUCGUGCAUUUUUAUGGGACAAGGUAAAGGAGGGGAUUCAGCUUUUGUCACUGAAAAAAAAUAACAUGCAGGGAUCUUGGUACAUAUAACUUCCCUCCAAUGGGCAGUUUUCUUGCCCACUGUGAGAAAACUUUAGGAGUUUCAGGCCAAAACUUUUAUAAACAAAAGUUUGCAUGCUUAUUGAAAGUGCAAAGAAAAGCAGGAAAAAUAAACAGUUAAAACAUCCACUGUACUGAAAUUGCAUAGUUACUUGUCCUUUCCACCCUGAUGAACACCUCUUGUGAACUGAAUCAAUGAUGCCAAAUCUCUUACUCUCUCAUUUCCUGAAAGGAAUGUGUUUAUUCUUCAGCAUCCCCCAUGCGUAGGGGGGACAGGAACCCCUAGCCCUGAGGGCAUGGAGCAGAGGAAGCUCUGCAGGAUUCCCACGUAGGGUUGCUUUUGUUUCUGCACCUGAAGCAUCACUGCUAGCAAGAGAAAAUGAGAGAUAUUGGGUAGUUAUGCUCCUGACUACUGCUGUCCUCUCCUCUUGGCCCUUCAGUACCAUGUUUCAUGAUUAUGUUGAGAGAAAAAGGGGAGUGGUAGUAUUAGUUUAAAAAUCCUGAUGAAGAUUUACAGCAAGAGCAGAACAUUGUAGAAAAAAGUAGAAAAUAGUAGCAGUGAGGGCUCGUGAUUAUGCUGCAGAGGGAGGGCAGCUGGAACCGAGAGUUGUGUAACUCAAAUUAUAUGUUUUAAGCACAGAGAUUCUUGCAUGCAGGUUUGAAAAAAAAGGUUACUUUUAACAAACGGAGAUGCAGACAGCUUCAAAUUCUCCUCUGGAGACACAGCAAAGCAAUAUAGAGGAAUGCAUGGAAAGCCAGCGCCACUAAGAACUAAGAAGUGACUGAGUCAGGCACAUCCUUGAGAUGCCACCAGUGCCCACAAGUGCUCACAGCUGCAAGGGCAGUGGAAAAGCAGCACUUGAAAUCUUCAACUCCCUUUUUCCCUUCAUUCCUGUGUCAUUUGGAAAAGUCACAGGAAACAAAAUCUAUUUGCUUUUCUUAGUCUGUAGCCAUGGUGUUUCCUCCCCCAAAUGCAACUCAAGCCUAUUCCUCUUGGCAGCCUUAGCAAACCAGAAGUGCUCCCCAUCACAAAGAUGGGAGACCCCAGGAAAAGAAGUCCAGUACUUUUUUCCAGGGUGAUUCACGUGAUUUAUAACCCUAUCUGAUUUUCUUCAGAGACCACCUUUAAGUUCUUGUCACACUCCUUGUACUCUCUGGCUGGAGCUAGAAUUUGCCAGGUUGAAGUGAAGCUGUAGGAAUUUUCCUUCUUAUACAAAUGCACUUGCAGUGAUAAAGGCUACACCUCCUUAUUCCCCACACCCCAAAAUCCUUUAGAGUCUCUAUAAAAGCAACAAAGAAGGGACAGUAUUUGACCCGCCAGGAACAGCCUGUGACUCUGUGAAAUAACAUUUCAGAGCUGUAUAAGGACUUAGGUAAUCAGCUAUUCAGUUCUCUCCUCUUGACCAUAACUUGUUAUGCAGCAGUUUCUGUAUUAACACUAUUAUUCUUUUAUACCCAAAUAAUCUCUAUUUCCAAUAUAUUGGGGGUCACCUUGUGUUUGUGUGUGUCCUGGCAACAGCUAAACAAAUUUCCAACCAAAUGUUCAAACACUGCAGCCUGAUGAGGCUCAGAGGGAAAAGGCAAAAGCAAAAGUCCACAGUGCUGUUUGCCAGCAGCUAUGAUACAUAUGUGGACACAAUGGGAGUUCAGCCUAUCUCACCAAAGAACAAAGUUUUGGAAUCAAGGUUUUCCUUUGUUUUCUUUUAACUUAAUUAAUGUUUUAAAUUUAGACAACUAGAUGCUUCACCUCACCCCAUGCAGACUCAGUGGUGUCUGUGGGCUGAUUUCUAAUGAACCAAAGCAAUGCGAUCAAGCUAACGGCUGUCUUCCUGUGCAACCUUUGCCAUCAUAUCUGUCAUUAGAAAUGGUAUUUCCUUCAGCUGUUGAGUGGGACUGGUGUUUAAAUCAACAACACACAGUUCUUUCCUUCUGACAGCCCGAACUCUCUCAAGAAACACUCCCAGAUGGGAGCCUACCCAUGGCUCAGGCAGCGAAGGCACAAUACACACAUUUUGCUCUAUCAUGCUGUGACAGAAAGUUUGUCUGUGCCCUCUGAAGUCCCAGGCUCACAGCUGUGACUCAGUUCUGUUCCCCAGUAGCACUUCUCACACAAGGUGGGAGAUGUUCUUCAACUUCAUGAAGUGCCACACACAGGCUUCAUUUGACAGAUGGUGACACUGGACAAAACAAAAUGGGUGUCCAGAUUUAUUAAUUCAGCAAUUUAACACGUAGAUCCAUAUACCAACAUUCUGCUUGCAAAACACAGGACUCGUGUUAUUGCCCAGUUCAAGAACAGAGCUGCCCAAACUCUUCAACAUCAGUAUCAAUCCUAGAAACUCGAGCAAGGUUUGUAGCAAAUAUAUAAAAACUGGCAGUGCUAGAAGUUUAAGUUACCUGAGUUAGUACCACAACCAAUCCACACAACAAACCAGACCACUCUCACUUUAGAGGUGCGAACAGUUUGUAUUUUCCCCUCCUCCUGCAGGCAUCACAUCAAGGCAGAAGAAAUAACGGAGGCCCGGAGACAUGCUAACUCAUCCCCAGAGCACUGCCAGCCUCUCGGAAGCCAGGCUCUGCAUCACCAGAAGGCCUCCUGCCCUGACUGGACAUCACACUCCUCCUGAUGCAGCAUUCCACCCUUUGCCCAAAGGCCCAAUGAGCCGCCAUGGAGGCUUCAGCACCCUCAGCCCGUGCCUUACGUGACCUGCGUUGUGCCCCGGGGGUGUCUGUGGGGUCAUGGUCCAGAUUGAUGCAGCAGCAGGGAAGGCACAGGCUUACCAGCCUCCAUCCUAAUGCCCAACAUCCCUACCUGCUCUUAAGCCAAACUUCUCUUAACACAGUGGCAGAAUGCGGCCCAGUGUUCAACCCUAGGGAAAUUUUAAAAAUAGCAGUGCCUCAAAUAAAUGGAGGGUAUGAAUCCAGCAGUGGCCAUACCCUCACAGGGGGAAGCGUUAUCCCUCAUUUCAUUGCCCACACUCAGUCUUAUCUGGCCAGGACCAAGACUCAAAAUGUAUUUGUGUUCUCAAUCACUUAAAGCAAGCAAAAUCAAUUACAAGAACAACAACAAAAAUAUGCAUUUUGGUCAACAUAUGGCUGUGUAAACAACAUCUGGCUCCCAGAUAACACUUAUGUGCAAUUAAGUUGAAGCAUGGCUGUGGUCCUGCAGUAAUCUCACAUGUACAGCUACAUACAUAAAAUUUGGAGAAGUAGGGCUCCAGUUCCUGUCAAAAGAAAAAAGUUUUCCAGGGUACUGUGUUAUGCACAUUUUCAGCUCAUCCUUUAGUAAGUCUCCGGGUUUCAAUCCCAUUCUCAGCUGCUUGCACUCUUACGUCUUUGCAUUCAAGCUGCAGAACGUGUAUUUUCACCUUACUUUUGCUUUGAAACUGGGAACGUGCAGUAUUGUGUUUUUAAAGAUUCAGAGCUUUAUUUCUCAAGUUUUGUAAUAACGUUGUACGAUAGUUUUGUACAUAGCUGUCAAUUUAAAAUGAUCUAUGCUUGUUGAAUCUAUGGUGUGAUACUGUGCUGAAACAGGAAUCAAGCAGAAGAGAUUGAUGUAUUUAAGAACUAUGCCUUUAUAUGGUAACCUGCUCUGUCUAGACUAAUGUUCAGGAUAAACCUUAUUUUGCUUUGCUCUAUAGGAAUAGCAACAUCCUUGCAACAUCAAAGACUUUGCUGGACUGAGGUAAAGGUUAUGCCAAGAAUUAAAUCAAUGGUUUAUUUUAACCAAAGCAUUGUUACUGAGAAUUGUUAACAAAAGCAAAGAUGUGUUUGGAGUAGGUGCAUGGGCAGACUCUGCUCAGGAAGCCUUGCAGAGCAGCACAACUGCGUUGCAGCUGAAUUCACGUUCCUGGCUGGCAGAAGCAAGCUGCAAAACCACAUAACCCACCCCAGGUUUGACAUGUGAGACCACUAUGCCACCUUUAAACUUUUCUCCUUUUUUUCUCUCCUCUAUUUCAGUCUCUGAGUGCAUCACCCAAGAAUCAGCUCUUCUUGCUGUCAUUAAUCAAGUUUCUCUUUCUCAGAUUAGACUCCAGCCUACCAAAGUCCAACUAGCAAACGUUUUCCCAGCAGCUUUGCCUUCUCUGUGUUACCAGCAGGAGCCUGCAGCCCAGAUUCACAGAGGGCAGCCAGCCUCCUCCAGCCCACCCUGCUGAUUUAUCGAUAGGAACAAAACUGCUGUCAGUAUUUGGGAACAAGCAAGGCUUUUUGGUGUUACCUGCCGAGGGCCUUCAAAGAGAGGGUGUUAGGCAUUAUGUUCCCACUGUCUUCAAGCAUUUAUGGAGCAACUGGUAUUUUGAGCCACUGCUGGUUCUUUGUUCCGCAGUCAUUUUUGAAAACUAUAAUAAAUUGUCUGUUAAAAUCAAAUCCCAAUCAACAGAUCAAAGCACAGCAUUUAUAAUGUAUUACUCCAAAGUAGCUCUGCUUCCAUUACUGUGAUUAUUUAGCAAGAACAGGGGGAUGGAGUCAGAGCAACUCAAAGAAAGACGCUCAGCUGGGAUGUGCAGUUUUGCUCUAUUUGUCACUUUAGAAGUUCAUUUUUCAGUGUUUGUAAGACCAAAUAAGUUGCUGGUAAAAGCCAUGCAAUUUGCAGCUAUUUUAACGGGUAUGUUUUCGUUUAAGCCAACAGUGAGUUUGGACCUCAGAAGAGAAUUCCUGUGGUUAUAUUACAGCAAAUGCACAUGGAGUCCAUUACGUAAACCAGCCUGUGAGCACCACAAGUUCCUAGCUGUCAAGUAACUGCGUAUUCCUCAAAUAAGCAUUGUUUGUAUGAUAAAAAUGAAGUUGUGGAUGAAAUCUGCAGAAGUUUUUUCCAAGUACUUCGCAUCAAAAUGUGGAAAUAUGUUUUAAAGGCUGGAAUUGGAAUUUCAGUGCUUUUUUGUUUUAAUUUCAUUACUGAAAAUAUUUCAAAAUUUAGAAUAAAAGAAGUCAAAGUA